GCAAGAAAUACAAGACAACUGGCCAUAAUAAUUAUACCAAGACGUGUUGACGAUCAAUCUGUAGGUAUACCUUUUCAGUCUAGUUGUUUUUGUGAGAUCACCAGAGAUGAUUCCUUACAGGAUCAACCAGGUGAUUCCUUACAAGAUCAACCACUAAGAUAUUA